GCCCGGUGCUGCCUCCGAUCCCGCCCCGCCACCAGGCCCGCCCCCCCGCCGGGGAGGAAGGGGUCGAAGCAGAACGGAGACGCUUCCACCAUGUUGUGCGGCGGCGCCUCGGCGGCCCGGCCCGCCACCGGCGAGACGCAGCAGAUCGUGGACGAGGUGAAAUCUCAGCUAGAAGAAAAAGAAGGGAAAACCUUUGAUGUCUUCACUGCCGUGGAGUUUAAAACUCAGGUGGUUGCUGGAACAAACUACUUCAUCAAGGUCCAUAUUGGCAAUGAUGAGUUCAUGCAUCUGCGGGUGUUCAGAAGCCUUCCUCAUGAGAAUAAGCCACUGAGUCUCCACAGUUAUCAGAGCAGCAAGACUAAGCAUGAUGAACUGUCUUUUUUCUAGCAAGCUUAUCUUGGGUCUUUUAUUACGGUUUCUUAUGUGCAUUUGCUAUAGGCUGCAAAGUAUUGAUUCCUGUGCCAACAAAGGAGAAAAGAAAGUAUCUUCUUUUUUUUUAACUUAAUGCUGGGGAAAACAUCCAUGUUUUUUAUGCCAUUCCCUUCCUCUGCAGCAUCUAAAUUUGAGUCACAUGGCUCUCCUUUCACCUUCACCAAUGCAAACCCAAGUGGCUGCACCAACUUCAGUGCAACUUAACUGGAAUACUGUGGCUGAGUCCCAUUUGUGGACUUCCUUGGUCUGGAAAUUGGAAGGGGACUGACACUAGCACUCGUGUAUUUGCAGCAGGGAGCAAGAGGAAAGCCUGAACCUUUUCUGUGCUGUUCUGCAACUGUGAAUGUCUCUGCAGAUUCAAAUUGUACUAUAUAUUUUAUUGGGAAUUACCUGAGGAGAGACUUGAGCUGAAGCAAUUUUGAAAGUAAGAGGAGUGCAUCUUUUGUAACAAACAUUCCCUUGGUAAUCAUGUUUAUGCUGUUGCAGCAGUAGAAUAUAAUGUCUAGUAGAGGGUGUAUGAGUUUAAAAGAACCCAAAAAUCUUGCUUAUUUUCUCAGUCCUAAAGAAAAGUCCUGGAAAGGAACUUAAGCUGGACAAGCAUUUCUGCACUAAUAACAAUAAAUAUUUCUCUUGACUUGA